AUGGCACACCGCGCCAUCACCUCCUUUCCCUCCCUCUCCAUUUUGCUCACGAGCCUACUAUCUUUUCACGCGUACCUCGCCGCGGCCGCAUCCGAGCAACAACCGCUGAAAGAACAAGAGAAGACGGCAUAUAAAAUUGGUCAAGCGAUACCGGUGACGUGUCUGAACAGAACAAUAGAUACAGGCGAACAUAUCACGGAUGAAUUGGGACAGCUACAGUACAUCGACUUCCCGACCUGUAGCGAGACAGGACGGCCGCUCGAACUAGCAUUUGGCGUUGAUAAAGAAAUCAAUUGCACUCUCGACUUCAUCUCCGACCCCUUCUUCCACCUCCUCGAAUUCUACAUUCACAAUGACGCUCCCCUGACCUGCCGCAUCCCCACCCGCCCUCUCACCCCCGACUCUUCAUCAUCCAUCGCCAUCCCCGUCGACUCCACAAACAACCAAGUCGGCGCCCUUGGCUCGCAAUCAACGCUCUACACUCCUCUCGUCGUCGCCCUCACCGGCACCCUCCAACUCUCCCACGUCCACGUCGCAAACUACCUCAACCUCCUCCUCCACGCCGCGCCAAAAUCUACAUCCCCCGGCACAAUCGACGCAGCAUCUGCAUACUCCGUCUCCAGCGGCACGCGCCACACAAAGGUCAUCAUCGGCGAUGCAUUGACACUACAUUUCAGCGUGCGCUGGUAUCCGAGCCCCGUCUUACCGAGUGGCUGGGCCGGUGUGGGCGGCCAUAUUUUCCUGAGCACGCUCGUGUAUUGCUUGCUGAGUGCGGGCGCGGCGACGGCGGUGUGUAUUGCGUAUUUCAGAGGCGUUGCGCUGCCGAGGAGGUUGCAGCGCUAUGCGAAGGAUAAGGUUGGGAAUGGUUUGGGUGGGUAUGGGUAUGGAGCUGGGGGGCUGCCGCAGCAUGGAAAUGGGACGGCGAAGAACGGAUAUGCUGGGUAUGGAGGGUAUGGGUAUGGGGUUAGCACUGGGACGGGGAAGAGGGAUUGAGGGCAGGAGUGAUGUGUGAGGGGUGCGAACUGAAUGGGAUUUAUAUACUUGCUUGCUCAUAUUUCAUAUGAACAUAUACGCAUUCCAGAUGUAGAGCGACGUUAAUGAGCAUGUAGCCACUGGUUGCACUACGUGCGCCAUUUAUAUGACAUAAGUUUUAGGAAAAGUACUACAGUAUAGUAGAGAAAAGAUUAUGUACUACCUUGAGAUAAUCGUAGUAUUGAUCCUAUAUAGGAAAUUAAAGCAAGAUAUAAUGCAAUAGGAG